UGCAGCGCAGAGCGCGCACACAUGCACACACACAUGCACACAAAUGCUCACACACAAACACUGUGUUGCCUUUGAAAACGUCGCCGGUGAGGAGGAGGAAAACUUGGCUGCAGAAUUAGGGGAACGUCUUCAUGCUGAUAUAAAAACAGAUAGCGAUAGGGGGCAGGCUAUAACCUGGACGUCUUGAAUUUGGCCUGUGGAACCUCUGCUGAUAUCGUGACAACACCAGCUCUGUGUGUCUGUGGAGCUGUGCAAGACCUGGUUGUGUAAUAUCUUUUUUUUUCCUCUCGUGCUUCCGCAAAGCGACCAAACCUGCAGCCGAGAGCGCGCGGAUAGAAAGAAGGAGCAGGAGAACAAGAACAAAACGAACCAGAAGAAGAGGAGGAGGAGGAGCAGGAGGAGGGGAAAACGGGAGGAUUGUAACGUUCAUCAGAAUUUAUUUUGUUUCCUAUUAUAUGGCGCAAGGGCUAAACAAACGGGACCGUCCUGGGUGUGAAGCUGCCACGGUGAAUUUGGAUAUUCAAGCAGAAGCAGCAGCAGCAUCCUCCUCCAUCCACGGAGGAAGAGGGAGAAGCCACCUCGGCUGCGGCGGCGCACACACCGACUCCUCGUCCUCCUUCUGCCGGCUCUAUGUCGAGUGAUGGUCGGCUUGCCUUGCUGGAUUCUCCCCGCUCUCUCCAGAUCGUCGACGACCGAACCUCCUCUGACCGCAGACCCCCAUUUUCGGCGGAAACCUACCCAGAGCGAUAGGGCUACAUAUGGAAACUGGGGACCAAAAUUUUAGGAAAAAGGAAAAUCCAAGCGGUUGAUUUAAUUUAUUGUAAUUAUAAUAAUCUAUCAGGUUUCUCUUGUUUAUGUGUGAGCGCGUUUCUUUUAAAGCCCGCUGAUUAAUGAGUCUGUUGACUGAGCCGAUAUUUCCUCAUGCCAUCGGGUUGAUUUGUGAGCAGCCAGCCGAAUAUUGUCCUCACAGUAGGUCAUUAUAAAACCGCUUUUAUUUCCUAUCAUCAGGACUCGGAUCCGUCCAUUUGUUUAUGAUCCUCUAAUAUGAUAGCUUUCCCUGCUGUCCUUCGUUUCCCUUCCCAGUGUACCGUCACCUCUCUAGCUAUUAAGAGUCUUGAGGAAAAUCUUUGGACACAUCUCUAAUUCUUAUUUCUUACUCGCUUCUAACUUAAGUAACUGCAACGCAUUGUAAGAGACAUAUAGAGCCGUUGUACUGUAAGCCUGCAAUUAAUCUAACACCAAGGUCCGUCUCGUUGGUCCAUUAGAUCUCAUGUUAAUUCAGCUGUAACCUCUACAAGACAAGAAACAGGUUGUUCUUGUUGUGUUUUUCCCACUUUGGUUAAUCUCACCUGCACCACCUCAAACACUGUUAAUCCUGCACAGCUCAUGUUUGCAGAGUGGCUGUUGUGUGGGUUGAAUCUGCAGCUGCAGGCCUGCUGAGGUGCUGCCUGAUCUCUCAUCUUUAUUUGUGAGGAUCUAAAAGUAAGAACAAACGGAGAGGAGAGACACAACUGUGUCCUCCUCUCUUCCCUCCCCUCUAAAGAAAUAACCCAGAAUUUUUUUCUCUUGUUUUGAUCCCUACCCAAACGCAACCAUAAGGUUCCUACCGCAUCCUCCUCCUCCUUCUUCCCUCUCCUUCCACUUGAGUAUAUCCCGUUUUUUCGGUUUGGUGUGGUCCCGCAAAUUUUCAAAUAUUUACUUCCUGUACAUCAAGAGGAAAGGGGGUCCCCCUUUCAUGGAAUGCGGAAACAUGGGUCUGUUCGACCGCGGUGUCCAGAUGCUGCUGACCACGGUGGGAGCAUUCGCGGCCUUCAGCCUCAUGACCAUCGCAGUCGGGACGGACUACUGGCUGUACUCCCGCGGCACCUGCAGGUCCAAGUCCAUGAGCGAGAACGAGACCAGCAAGAAGAACGAGGAGGUGAUGACCCACUCUGGCCUGUGGAGAACGUGCUGCUUGGAAGGAAACUUCAAGGGGAUGUGUAAACAGAUAGACCACUUUCCAGAGGAAACAGAUUAUGAAGCGGACCCGUCAGAGUACUUCUUACGUGCUGUGCGAGCCUCCAGCAUCUUCCCCAUCCUCAGUGUCAUCCUGCUCUUCAUGGGAGGCCUGUGUAUAGCUGCCAGUGAGUUCUACAAGUCACGCCACAACAUCAUCCUCAGCGCAGGGAUCUUCUUUGUGUCUGCAGGUCUGAGCAACAUCAUCGGGAUCAUCGUGUACAUAUCAGCCAACUCGGGGGACCCUUCAAAAAGUGACUCGAAGAAGAACAGCUAUUCUUACGGCUGGUCCUUCUACUUCGGGGCCCUCUCCUUCAUCAUGGCUGAGAUGGUUGGCGUCUUGGCCGUGCACAUGUUCAUCGACCGUCAUCGGCAGCUCCGAAUAGGGGAGCGCGCAGCCGACUACCUCCAAGGCUCAGCCAUAACGCGGAUCCCCAGCUACCGCUACCGCUACAGACGUCGCUCGCGCUCUUCCUCCCGCUCCACAGACCCAUCCCACUCCCGCGACAACUCGCCGGUGGGCCUCAAGGGCUUUAGCGCGCUGCCAUCCACGGAGAUCUCCAUGUACACGCUGCCCCGGGACACUCUCAAGUCCUCUGGCACGCCAACCGCUACCUACAACUCCGAGAGGGACCACAACUUCCUGCAGGUCCACAACUGCAUCCAGAAGGACCUGAAAGACUCGAGCAACACCAACACAGCGAACCGCCGCACCACGCCGGUAUGAGGGAGUUGACACAGGCCAGGCCGGCCCGGCAAAGAGUGGAGACCAGGAGACACGGGAACCCCUGUGGGUGCAGUACGCCCCUGGAGAAGAUGGAUUUCCAUGUUUAUAGACAUUUGUUCUUUUUGUUCAGGUGCAUGACUUUUCCAUUAGCAUUGUUGAGAGAGUUUCAACAGGUCUGCUGAGUUCCUGGGUGGAAUAGCAGAAGCGUGAGCCAGGUUCGUACCGAGAGAGUGAGUUGUGUAAUUUUUCUGCACAGGGUGCUUUCAUGAGGGCACUGAAAGCGAGAGAGGGGAGGAGGGGGGAGUUGAUUUCAUGAUUUCAUUGCCCUUUGGUUUGACAUUUUUGCUCCACAGUUUGUUUGGAGCAACAGGUCAAGCUCCCCCUAAGCCAGCCCGUCACCUCUUUUAUUUAUUAUCUAAUUUGUUCAUGUUUUGCAUUAAAACUGUGAAUUGUUACAGUUUGGGAUUCAGUACGAAAUAGCCCAAUCUGUAAUCUCUAACAAAGGUACUAUAUAUAUAUGUAUUACUUUUUAUAAAUAAAUUAUUACGUUAUUAAUCAAGAGUUACAGACUUUACCGAAGCAAAAAAAUGAAAAAAAAAAGUUAUAACUAAACCAAGUGCUGUUGAUAACACGAGAAAAGACUCUUUAGUAUCUGUUCAUUUGAAGGUUGAGAACCAGCAAAGGGCCUUUCAGUCGCAGCAGUACACAGCGACUGACGCCGCCAGUGAAAGACGCUGAAAAUGAACGGUAGAAUAAUAUCUUUUCUGUUAACAGAACCUUCUCGUCUUUUUCUCAGUCCCUGUUCGCCUUCUUUUUCGGGGGGAGGGUCGUAAUGGGAGUAUUGAACCCCUCAUCAGAAAGAACAAACAACUAAAGGGGUCAGAGUUCAAAAAGCAAAGACUCCAAAUACGACUUCUGCAGAAUAAAAAGGAAGGAGCAGAGGGGAAGGAAAAGAAGUGGACGUCGAACAAAAAUAAAAACAACUUAAAUAUGAAAUAGUACGAGAAAAGCUAAGUGACUCACAAGUUCAGAAAUUAAAUGCAUGCGAUAAAAUUACAGCAAAUCUGCUCUUGAGAAACUUACGUUUUAAAGAUUAAUAAUUGUAAGGGGAAAAAAGCAAAAAACGAUAAAGUUUUAAGUAUUAAUGUUUUCAUGUGUACUUUCUUAUUUUUUUUUUUUAUUUGGUUCAUUUUCUCUUAUUGCUCUUGUGAGACAAACCAAACAUUCUACUCUGACAAAAACUGCUUUUUUAAAUGGUUUGGUUGAUUUCUUUAUAAAUAUAUAAAUAUAUGUAUGUAUGUAUUUUAUUUUUAAAACUCACACAGCCUUAGUCAUUCAUUUGGUUCUUUUUGAUUUUUAAUGUGUUGUUCAAUUUGAAAAUGAAAUCUUUAAAGGUGCCAAAACCGAAUGAACUUAUACUUGGAUGCAUCAAGUCCUGAUGAAUAAAAUACGAACCCUAGGGGGAACAAAUCA